AUGUCUACAAACACCGUCGUCCUCAUCACUGGCGCCAACAGAGGCAUCGGCCACGCCCUCACCGCCGAAUACCUCUCCCGCCCCCACACCACCCUCAUCGCCGCCGUCCGCGACCCCAAAGCCAACUCCAAGGCCCUCGAAACCCUCCCCAAAGGCACCGGCAGCACCCUGCUCACCGUCAAAAUCGACUCCCUCUCCCCCACCGACGCCAAAGCCGCCAUCGCCGCCCUCCCCCCCUCAUUCCCUCACAUCGACCUCGUCAUCGCCAACGCCGGCGUCACCGUCUUCAACCCCGUCCUCGACAUCACCGUCGACGAGUACCUCUACCACCAGAACAUCAACGUUCUGGGGCCCUUACUGCUCUUCCAAGCCACCUGGCCCCUUCUCCAGAAAUCCGCCGCGCCGAAAUUCAUCGUCAUUUCGAGCUCGCUGGGCAGCGUCAAGGCGGGGCCGGAGUGGGGGAUGCCGUCCGGCGCGUACGGGGCGUCGAAGGCGAGCAUCAACUACCUGACGCGGAAGCUGCACUUCGAGCAUGAGAGACUGGUAGCGUUGCCAAUUUGCCCCGGGUGGACGCAGACGGAUAUGGGGAAUGAGAGCGCGGCGGUGUUUCGGGCGGCGGAGGGGGGGUUGGCGCCUGUGACGUUGGAGGAUAGUAUUCGGGGGGUUGUGAAGGAGAUUGAUGGCGCGAUCAGGACUGAGGAGGGGCGCUUUGCGUGUUAUGAUCAUAAGGAUGUUGCGUGGUAGGUGUAGUUUUCGCGGGGCCGAGAUAGGAUUGGAUGCUUGUGGAGUGCAUAUGAAGAGUAGGCUUGGAAGGAGAACUGGAGGCUUUCUUUAAUAUGGUGUAGUUAUUGAAUAUCAAACAUAUGAAAGUGCGAUGACAAUUGAAAUCCAAUUUUGUGUAAAUGCUUUGCGUUAUUC